AUGUUGAAAAUCUUCGUGUUGUUGGCUGUUCUCGCCAUUCAAAUCGAGGCCCAAUCCGCGUAUCCGUGGUACUGUGACGUUUGUGUGAGAAUGAUUGAGCGUGGCGAAGAGACGAAACCGGCCGAUUUGCCGACCUGGCUUCAGACACAAAUCCACGGAUAUUGUGACAACGCGGUCUGGGAUCAAGCACACUGUGCCUCUGUGUUCAACUCGAAAACCCCUCAAAUGGGCGAUUGUAUCACGAACGGGAUCGAUGGAAACAAAUGUUGUCAUGAGAAUAUUCACGAUCUCUUCACCUCUUCAGAAGCCUCUUCACGAUCCCAAAUUAACGAGUUAAAAGAGAAAAUCGAAUUUGUUGAUGUCACUUUUCAAUAUCCAAUAAGAAACGAACAAGUGAUAAAAGGAGUUUCCCUUUGUGUAGAAGCCGGUCAAAAUGUUGCUUUUGUGGGCGCGAGUGGAUGCGGGAAAAUUUUUGACAAAGGAAAAGUCCAACAAUUGAGUCAAGAGACGACAACGAGUGAUGUGAUCAAAACAAAGUUGAAAGGGAAAAAGACUUUCAAGCAGAUCACUGCUUUAACCAUGAUCCUCUGCUACAUCAUCACUCAUCUUCAGCAGAUCACUGCUUUAACCAUGAUCCUCUGCUACAUCAUCACUCAUCUUCCUUCUGUUUAUUUCUUCGUCAAG